AUGUUCAAGCAACGAUCUCACGAGACUCACCAUAAGACUCAUGUCCCCGAGAUUAAGGCUAAUCCGGGUGAGUACACCGUCGCUGUCCUCGGCGACAGCCUCUUCGAGCGAUUCAAAACAACCGGUAAAUUCGUGAGCGUCGAACCAUCCGUCGACGAGAUAUUCAAGCUUCGAUCUCACCAAACCCAUCACAACACCCACGUUCCCCAGAGCAAGAACAACCCGGGCCAAUACACCACCGCUAUCCUCGGCGCCAUCGGUGCAGAGCGCUUCAAGGCCACGGGCCGAAUCCUGAACAUCAACAAAGACUCGCGUAUCCUCAACCUCGGUGUUGGGGGUGACAAGAUCUUGAAUGCUCAAUACCGCAUGGACCAAGGUCUCGUCCGCCUUCUCAAGCAGCAUCAGCCAAAUAUCAAGACUAUGUACAUCCACAUGGGAUCCAACAAUCUCAAGAAGCAGGGUCUUCUAAAGGGCGAUGCGGAUGCUUACGGUGCGUUGAUCAAGCAGCUGCGCACUGAGUUUCCUGACAUGACCAUCGUCAUCACUGCUUUGUUCAUCCAGCGCGGUCUGGGUCUUGAUGUGAUUGAGGACGCCAAUAACAAGCUCAAGGCUAUAGCUGAUGAGAAUGAGUGCGAGUUCCUCCCUUUUGGAGAUGACCAGGCGGGGAUUAUGAGUGAGGACAAUGUUCACUUGAACGAGUUUGGGUAUCGCAAGUGGAACGAGAUCCUGGUCAACGACAUGAACAGCCGCUGA